GCCAUUUUGAUUACAUAUCUUGAAAGAGACCAAGAAGGAGGAAGUGGAAGAGGCCAAAGAAAAAGAAAUGAAGAAACAAAUGAAGAAGUAUAUGAAAAAGCAAAUAAAGAAUUUGAAGUAUUCAAAAUAAAAGAUAAAGAAAGAGGUAAAGAAAAAGAUAAAGAAAGAUAUAAAAAAGUAAGACGUAAAGAGAUAAAAAAUAAAGAAGUAAAAGUUGAAGAGUUAAAUUGA